UUUCUUCGGUGGUCCAAAAGUUUGGAUGGAAUCGAACGAGAACCCCCUUCCUUGAUUCCCACGCCUCGCCUUUUGAAGUCUCGGCUUCUUCCAUUCUCCGUAUCUCACUUUUUGGCUUACACGUUUUCAAGCCGUACAGUUGCCCAGAUGAAGAGGCUGCAGCUCCAAAGAUGGAGCAAUUCGGUCCUCUCGCGGGCCCGAACUGGUAGCCGACUCCAGCAACAAUUCUACUCUAGUCAGCGGUAUCAGUCGACUACCUCCUCUCCUUUACAGCCCGAGAACAAUCAAUUGGCUAUUGAAGAGCAGUCAUUUGCUUCCCCCAUUGCCCAACCCUCCUUUCAAAAUCCAAAACACCGUCUUCCUUCGCCGCCGGUCCAGGCCGCACGCGAGUCUGCAAAACUUGCGGCGCUCCAUGCACGGCUAUACCUUCCUUCACGACUACCUCUUGAGACACUAGCACGAUCACUCGUGGAUGCUUCGGCAGACCCUGAUCCUAGUUUCAAUAACGAAUCGUUAGCCACACUUGGCCACGACCUGUUGUCCCAUUACACCUCCGAACACCUUAUUUGCACCUAUCCUCGACUCCCCUUGACAGUUAUUUUUGCGGCUAUGUACGCAUAUGUUGGACCUAAGACCCUCGCGGCAAUGGCAAGGGAGUGGGGUGUAGAACAAGCAGCUUCCCCGGGCGGUGAAGUUGAUCCCGGCUACCUUCAGUUUAAAAGGUAUGCCCCAGGGGCGGAUGUCAAUGCAGAGCCCCUUGUUGGUGCUGCGAGGCCCUACGAAGAGCAGAAGACAUGGAGGAAAUCCAUCACUUCUAGUAUUGUUUACGACAAUGAGUUUGGGGAUCCAGCCCUGGAGGGUGUAGCUCCGCACGCUAUCCCAGAUGUGAAGGACGCAACCCCUGCCACCGCUGAACAGGCCAGCGCGACGUUUGUGCGGGCUGUUAUGGGUGCCAUCUACCUCCACGCCGGCCGACCUGCGGCCAAGCGCUUCUUUGAACAGCACAUUCUGUCGCGACACCUCGACAUCUCCGGCCUGUUCAACUUCUCCCAGCCAGCCCGUGAUCUCUCCCGACUAUGCGCUCGGGAAAACUACGAACCCCCUGUCGCUCGAAUUAUCAGUGAAACCGGUCGCAAGAGCAGACACCCUGUCUUUGUCGUCGGCAUCUAUUCCGGUCAGGAUAAAUUGGGCGAGGGCGCUGGCGCCAGUCUGCUUGAAGCUCGUUCGAGGGCUGCAGUUGCAGCUCUCAAGGGCUGGUACCUUUACAGCCCUCUGGAUGUACGCGUACCUAGCUCAAUGGAGGAAGAAGGCGCCGCUCCUUGGAAACCAGUCCAUGUGGAUCUGGGCGAGGUGAUUGUGUAAGAUGGACCAGGAAGAAAAAGUGUCGGUCACAUUUAGAAGGCGGCUCGGUCGUCGACGAGGCAGUUGGCAGCGGGGCGCUAUUGCACACUACUAUGUUUUAACAAUCACAAAUUUGGGCCUUGUACAGUAUGGGAAAUUUAUUCUAUUCUUCUGGUGUCUUCUGUUUUCCAUUUAUUUAUUUAUUUUGCCUUCUCCCUUGUUCCUUUCCUGUUACCCCAUCAGGCGAGAGACGGUCCUCGGAAUAAAACUAUUAACAGAGGUGAUACGUUUCUAGAUAGAUAAGUACAUAGAUGUGCUGGAUAAAUGUAUAACAUAUGAUCUCAAAGGU